AUGAGUAGGAAGAAAUUAGACAUUGAAAGUAGCGUUGAAAAAGCGCGUAAUGAAAGAGAUUGGCAUCAAUUGGCAUCGAUCGCUGAUAGCAUCAGAGAAGAAAGUAUCUUUAAGAAAUUAAUUACAAUUGAAGGCGAAUUAGAAAUUUUAAUUACUGCUAACUCUAUUCCAAGCGAUAAACGAAACGAAGCUUUAUCCAGGCUUAAAAGGCAAUUGAUGAGCAUUGGAAACGAUACCAAGAUAAAGCAACAAUAUCAACAGGAAAGUUUGCUCCUGUUAGCAAAGACUUGCUAUUAUCUAAAUCUAUUCAAAGAUGCCACUAGAUUAUACUCCAAAUUACAACUAGAAUCAAUUGAUAUUUCUGAUAAUUCGAACAAAUGGUUUAUACGAACUGUUUGCGAAGCAUACUGUUACAAAGGCAAAUGUCUGGACAAGUUACGCUCAACUUCUGCCGAUAUUAUCAAGUGUUAUGAAAGUGCAAGUAGUUUAAUGAUGAAACUGGAUGUAUCAAAUAAUUUCAACAAAGAAAGAAGGGAUUCAACCUCAAAAUUUGUAGUUGGAGAAUUUCUUGAAGAAUGUAUCGGUACCAUGCCGUCGCUACUGCUAGAUAAAUGUUCAACUAGUGAUGUCAUCAGACGAUCAAGAUUUCUAUUAGUGGCUUUCGAUUCAAAUUUAUUUCUCCGCUUACGAGCAUUGUUAAGCUAUCACUUAGCAGAAAUCCUCUUAUUCCGAAUGAGUGACCAUAAAUAUCUUCCAGUUACUCUUAAAAGCAUUAUGGAUUUCGCAAACCAAAAGUAUUCUUGGGUAAAACCGUCUCUUAAUGGAAAAAAUUUAUAUUUUCCUGACGAUAUUACUGAAGAAGUAUUAUUACUGUCACUGAUUACGGAAAUGCUGACCAUCAAGGACAUUGAAAACAUAGGUUUUAGCAAUUUAAACCGUCUUAGGAAUAUUUACGAUUUACUUGCUGUAGUCCUCAUGCGUCGGUCAUUAAUUCCUAUCGUUGCGGAGGUUUAUGAAAGGGCGUUAAAGUACUCGAUGGACAUUUUUCAUGUAUGGUUUCAGUUUUCUCUGUCAUUAAUAGCUAAUCGAAAGGUAGAUGAUGCGGAAUUUUAUGCAUCCAAAGUUAUUGACCAAAAGGAGUCUCGCCAUCUUCUUGCAAAUGCUCAUCUUAUUCUCGGCAUCACUUACAGUAGACAAGCUUCUUCAGUACUAUUAAUUAAUCAUCGAAAGAAAUUACAGGAGAGAGCUUUAAAUUCACUUGAAAAGGCAUACGAACUAGCACCUGGAGAUUACAGGACUAGUUUUCACUUAGCCUUAAAUUAUGCGUUCAUCCGUGAUAUCGUAAACGCGGUCCACUAUAAUAGAAUAGCCUUGCAGCUUAAUAGGACUGAUCUACGAUGUUUGCAUCUGGCAGCUUUACUUCUAUCAGCACAGAAAAAGGGCAGACAAGCAUUAGACAUAUGUGAUAUAGCUGCUACUGAAUAUCCUGACAAUUUUAGCCUGAUGUUUUUAAAGGCAAAGCUAGAAGAGGUUUAUAUCAGUGGUAAUCAGGCCUUAGAUACUUAUAAAACUAUCCUAGUAAAAUACCAUUUACUAUCGAAAAAAGCCAGACUGCACGAAAAUAAAGCAAGAUCAGAUAUUGUCAGCACAGCUAGCUAUAACCAGCUUGCAUACAGUGAUGACGCUUCAUCCCUAUCUGGAAUUAGUACCACUGGCAGCAAAGGUUUAUCGUCGUACUUGGAUUUUGAGCUUACUCCUCGCUUAUUAACCAAAAUUUGGCUAUCAAUUGCGGAUAUUUAUAUCCAGCUUGGAAGAUUAAGUGAUGCGGAAAUGAGCAUAAAAGAAGCGAGCAUGAUCAGCUCAAAAUCGGUUGAUGUAAUGCAUUAUUAUGGAAGAUUGCUUGAAAGUAAGGGUAACUUGAGAGAAGCAAAGCAAUACUAUGAUAAUGUACUAGCUGGAAAUCACGAUCACUUUAACACUCUCCUACAUCUGGGGUUUACUCAUCAUGAACUCGGUAAUCUUGAUAUGGCUGAAAAAUUUUUCCUAGAAGCAAUUAAAGUUGAACCAGCAGCGCAUUGUGCUUGGAAUGCACUCGGAGCCAUCCUACAAGAACGCAAUUGUAACGAUACCGCGGCAGAAGUUUUUCUACUUGCUUCUGAUUUCGAAUCUACUAGCCCGGUUUCUUCAUUUUAUUCUAUAGCGCAAUUUAUUUAG